AUGACGUCCAAUGCGUUCAUUGACUGUUUGGGUGGAAUCUUCGGUGCAGUGUCUUCGGUUUAUGUUGGACAACCGUUGGAUACAAUCAAAACUAAAUUACAAACGUUUCCGACUCAAUAUCACAAUUUUUUAGACUGUUCAUAUAAAAUCUUUUCACAAAGUGGUAUCCGUGGAUUCUAUGCUGGAACUGUUCCAUCUCUAGUUGGAAAUAUUGCAGAAAAUGGAAUUUUAUUUAUGGCCUAUGGUCAAUGUCAACGUUUAAUUUGUUCAUUAACCAAUAAAACAAACGCUGAACAAUUGACAGCUGUGGAGAACAUGUUCGCAGGAAGUGUCGGUUCGAUAUUUUCAUCUUUAGUCUUAUGUCCAACAGAAUUAGUCAAAUGUCGUUUACAAACAUUGAACGAUAUGCCAGCGAGUAACACAUCAGAUUAUGCUGGACCUCAAAAACAUAAAAUAAUUUCACCGAUAGAUGUAACUCGAUAUAUACUUCGUAAAGAAGGCGUAUUUGGUUUGUUUCGUGGACUCACAGCAACAUUAGCACGUGAAUGUCCUGGAAAUGCGUGCUUCUUCGGUGGUUACGAGUUGACACGAUCAUUUUUAACGAACGAAAAUGAGAAAAAAGUCGAUAUUGGUUUUUUCAAAACAUGGAUAGCUGGUGGAAUGGCUGGUGUUUGUUUCUGGGUAGUUAUGUUUCCUGUUGAUGUUGUCAAAUCUCGUAUACAAGUAUUUAAACCGACUCUAAGCUUUUCAAAAUAUACAUUAGAAAUUUUAAAAAAUGAAGGUUUCAUGACGUUCUACGCAGGUUUACUCCCAACACUUAUACGAACUUUUCUCGCUACGGGAACUUUAUUUAUAACUUAUGAACACACUCGAUAUUUAUUUUGCGAUGCUCUUCUGAUUUAG